AUGAACCUGAAAUUGAAUAACGAGAUCCAAGGCUCCGUCGGUCUGCUGCAAACGGUACCGGUGUCCUCCGUAAAGGAGGAACGGCAGCGAACGGGACGGUACAUAGCGAUAUUGGUUGGCAUCUCCUUGUUGCUACUAGCUAUUUACCAAGCAUGGGUACGUCGUAUACCUGUAGUCGCAAGCCUGGUGGUGCCAGCUCUCAUCAUGUUCGUCUACGUUGGCUGGGUACUCUACACGGCGUCGCGUGAUAAGCACAGGUUGCUUCAUCUCCGAGAUGCCGAGGCUGCAUUGGCCGCGGCUAAUGAACUUGCUGAAAACGAAGGACGUUGUUCACAACUGUCACUGUCAAACAACAAUUUAGAGGCAACAGUGAUGUAUAGCAAAGACAGUCCAAAGCUUAACUCAACAGAAUGUUCAAUACACAAAGAAUGGUCCAGAACGUCCUCUACUUAUUUAAAAGAAGAAAACAAAAAGAAGACUGAAGAGAAAAGCGUUAGUUUUAUAACGCCCAUCAUUCUGGUCAACGACAAACCACCCGAAGAUUAUGAUCAAAAGUGGACUCAUAUUGUAGAAAAUUUAACAAAUAAUGAAAAACUGAAGGGAUUUUCAACAAGAAGAAGAUAUAAACGAAAAUUUUGUAGGAGAAAACGGAACGCAGCGUUUAAAAGAUCAUAUUCCAUUGGU